AGCAUGUCCUCUACGAGCUUCACCGCCGAUGCCGUCCUCUUUGACAUGGAUGGCACCCUCACCGACUCCAUCGCCGCUGUAGAAGCUGCCUGGGGUAAAGUUGCGAAGGAUAUUGGGCAAGACCCGCACUAUGUCAUCGCAGCUACCCACGGCAAGCGCGCUGUCGACAACCUCGCCCAGUUCAAGCCUGAUAUCAAGGCCCACGAGAUGGACGACGAGGUUCAAGCCUUCGAGGAGACUAUCCUCUACUACGCCGACGCUUACAACAAGCACGGCCCCGGCUCUCAGACUAACUCGCCAUGGUCUUACACUCCCGCCACUCCUCACACCCCUGCUUCCGUUGUUUAUUCCGGCGCCGUCACUCCAGAACUCAUUUCCGCCGGCUCAUCAGCACCAUCCUCUCGCGCCACUUCCUUCUCCACACCUGCCGGCACACAACGACGUCCAUCCUUCGGCACUCGUCUUAACAACAUACUUCAGAUGUCCGUCAUGCCCGACGCCGACUCGCAUGGUUUCGACGAUGCUAUCAUGGAGGACGUUCACGAAGAGAUGAUUCAGCAGGAGGGCAAGGGUGGCUUGAGCACGCUCAAGGGCUCGUCGCAUGAGAUGAACGCUUGGCAGAUCGAGGCCGCGAGUGUCGACCGUUCUGUUCAGAUCUUGCCCGGCGUGAAAAGGAUGAUCGAGUCCAUCCCUGAGGGACACUAUGCUGUCGCCACAUCGGGUGCGAAGACCUACGCUUACGGUUGCAUGACUCGCGUUGGUAUCACUCCCCCACCAGUCACUAUCACCGCCGACGACAAGCGUCUGAAGGCUGGCAAGCCCGCUCCUGACCCCUUCCUCCUCGCUGCGAAGUGCCUCGGCUUCGACGCGAAGAAGUGUGUCGUAUUCGAAGACUCGCCUUCCGGUAUCCGCGCCGGCGUCGCAUCAGGCGCGACCGUCAUCGCCGUCUGCACCUCGCACGAGCGUUCGAAGAUCGAGAACUGCGGUGCGCACUAUAUUGUGGAGAACAUGGAGAAGGUGACCUGCAUUCCAGAAGAGGUUGACGGCGAGAUCAAGCUGAAGUUUGUCAUCGAGGCUUGAGUUUUUACGUUCCCUGUCUUGUUGUACUAUACCCGCUUCGCCAUACCUUUAUCACGUUCCACCUACUCCCAUGUCUCCAUAGCCCCGCAUGCAUCUUUACUCGCUCUCCUGUUGUUCAUCGUAUUGUUGUACUCAUAGAUUGUAGAUUAUAAUUUCUCCUUUGUUUGUACUAUCAUCUGGAAUC